UGAUAGAAGGCAAAAUGUUUAUACAGGAUGUCGCUUAUUUUUAGGAAUAUUAAACUAUUUUAUUUGUAUUUAUUUUAAUGACUUCUAUAUCCACACAGUUAAAAAAUAUCAAAAAUAUAUCAAUAUAUAUUAUAUAUACUAUAUUUUUUCUACGAUCAACUAAAAAUUACAAAAAUUUUCUGCAUAUUUGUUUUUUUUAAGAGGCGUAUAUAUAAUAUGGUAUGUUUCGGUUCUCAAGUGCAGAGAACUUUCUCGGGGGGCAGAGGUAACAGCCUCCGUGUCCGCCCUCUUGAGACGCUCAUGUAUACACGCAGAAACGAAAUGUUUAAAAGUCUUAUCUUAUUUUAGGUUAUAUGAUGUUGAGUUUUGAGGUUAUGUAUUUGUUUUGUUAAGAAAAGACAUGUUAAAAACUUUUUACAUUCUGAUUUUUGUAUUAUUGUUAAUCGUUAAAAUACACUCUGAAGAACCUUUCAACCCUCAAAGCCCGCUAAUUAAAUGUAGUUUCCUUUCAUUUGAAUUUAUAGAAUGUCAAGAUCCAGUAGAUCAUAAAGGGAACAAAACAGCCAAGGAAGAAUUAAAACAUGGGUGUUUAAAAUUUGGUGGAAUAAAAUAUCAUGAUGUGGAAAGGACUAAAGUUGUAUGCAACGCCUUGCCGAACAUAGAAUGUUAUGGAAAUCGAACAUUUCUCAGAGAUGGUGUUCCCUGUAUUAAAUAUUCUAACCAAUAUUUCACAACAACUUUAUUGUACAGUAUAUUAUUGGGAUUUUUAGGAAUGGAUAGGUUUUGUUUGGGACAAACUGGAACUGCUGUUGGAAAGCUGCUUACCCUAGGAGGAUUAGGAAUAUGGUGGAUUGUAGACAUAGUUUUACUAGUGAUUAAUUACUUGGUUCCAGAAGACGAUUCUAGUUGGAAUCCCUACGUUUAAUUAUUUUAGACGUUUUUUAGUUUAAAAUGUGAUUAUCUAUGGACUGAUUUUUGAGAAAUUGUAUCUAUAUAUGUAAUAAAAAUAUUUAUAAUG